AUGGAGAGAGAAUUGGUAGAAGUUGUGGAGAGAGGUGAUAUUAGGUCACUAACGCGUUUUUUGGAUUUUGGAUUUGAUAUCAAUAAACGUUGUAUUGAGAGCACUCUUCUGAUAAAAGCGUGUAGGAAUAAUCAGAAGGAAAUGGUCGAGUUUCUACUCACUAAAUCAGCAGAUGUUAAUGGGACUAACUGGUGUGGAAGGACAGGUUUGAUGUGGGCAGCAGAGAAGGGAUUUGGUGAUAUAGUGAAUAUACUUUUGAAGACCAAAGAUAUUAAUGUGAUGAAGAAGAGUGAUUGGGCAGGAUUGACAGCCAUCCAUCUUGCUGCAAUGAAUAAUCACGUGACCAUUGUAGAGAGACUUUUGUCUUGUUCUGUUCCUGUUGAUAUCAAUGAUAAUGAUGGUUGUACACCACUGUGGUAUGCUGCCCAUAUUGGUCUUGUGCGUUGUGUUGAUGUUCUCCUAAAACAUGGAGCGAGUCCCCAACAUGAGAGUCAGCGGGGAAGAUCACCACUGGAGAUUGCCAAGCAAUUUGGUCACAGUGAUGUGAUUGAGAUGAUGGAAGAAGCCAUAAGAUUGAGAUCUAAUCGCUAUUUUGAGGGUCAUGUGUCUGUUAUGAGACAUCAACAUGAAGAGAAAAUUGCUGAACUGCAGAGUGAAGUGGAGCAGAUGAAAGAAGAAUUAAGACAAUCAUCCCUGGUCCAUGAGAGUGAAAUAAGAAGACUGAGUAACGAAAUCCAACGGAAAGAGAAGGAAAUACGACGUCUCGUAAUGUCAGCAGCUGAUAGAGCGGGUGAAGGUCAAGUGGCUCCUGAAACUUGGUUGUCGUUACAGUCACCGGAACGUAUCAUGCGUGCUGUCAGUGUUCUUGCUUGUGAUCAGUGGAGUGACGUUGGUCUUGAGUUAGGCUACACGACAAGUUUUCUCAAAUCACACACUAAAGGCAUUGCCGACGAUUGCAGCAAACUGCAUUUCAUACUGAGAAAAAAAGGCGAAUCUGUUGGUAGCAGCAAAGUUGUUGGUAUCAUCUUGUCUGCUUGCCAGCAGAUUUCCAUGCCAAUUUGUGCUGCUGCAAUAAGAGAUGAGGUGGUUAGACGUCAUGAGAGACUGAGAACACAGAACGACAUCUCAUUGUCACAAUUGCGUCAGCUAUGUGUUAUUGUGCGUCACAGGGGACUCCACUUGCUGAGUGUUCCUGAUCACGUGACUGAAGAUGAGACGAGUACGUAUCGAGCAAACGGUACUAUCACUCUUGUCAGAAGUCAGUCUGAAGGAAUUACAUUGUUGGUGGAUACCGGAAGUCCUUGGGAUCGAGAAUUUCUCAUACAAAAAUUACAAGAGCACGAGCUGCAGCCUCAAGAUGUGACACAUGUUCUUUGCACUCACGGCCACGUUGAUCACGUGGGAAACUUAAACUUAUUCACCAUGGCAACGCACAUGGUGUCACACGACAUGGUGAAAGAUGGAGACAAAUACACACUCAUCUCAGUUAUUGCCACGGCUGGUCACACGAGUCGGGACGUGAGUGUGGUGGUACGAGGGAGCGACAAAGGUGUGGUGGUCAUUGCGGGCGACUUGUUUGAAUGCGAAGCUGAUCUGCAGGACGACAAGUUGUGCAAGAGUAAGAGCGAGUUUCAUCAACUGCAUGCGACUCGUCGAGACAAAGUGUUGGCUAUUGCUGACUGGAUUGUUCCAGGACAUGGAAAAAUGUUUAAAGUCAAUAAACGGAGAUAG